AUGGCGUCUAUCCCAGGAUACUCUGCUGUAGGCAGAGCUAGGUCCUCCGAGGGCGCCAUAUCCACCAACUCCGGUGGCAACUCUUUGAUGCAAGAGGAUUCCCUCUCAGAUACCGAAACUGUUUUCUUUGGUGACGAUAUACCAGCCCGACCAACCCGGCGCCCUGAAUGGACCCCUUCCAGCACGUCUCUCCGUCAACCAUCAGAGCCCGCCCAUGUCCCGGAGGAAGAAGAGCCGCGUAAAUGUUGGAUUUGCUAUACAGACGAGACGGAGGAUUCACCACUGAACCUUGAGUGGCGGUCACCGUGCCCUUGCGCCUUGACGGCCCACGAGGCAUGCCUCCUCGACUGGCUUGCCGACAUGGAAAAUCCCCGGACCCGUAAAUCUGGUGGCCGCGCAGUGAUGCAGUGCCCUCAAUGCAAGUCCGAGAUUGUCGUCUCUCGCCCACGGAGCUAUGUGGUGGAUAUGCUUCGAUUGAUGGAGCGGGUAGCCGGCCGUUUGGUUCUGCCCGGCAUGAUGUUCACAGUGGCCGGCACUCUGUGGGCUGGAUGCUUUGCACAUGGCGUUUGGUCCGUCUACAUGGUGUUCGGAUUCGAGGACGCCGUACACAUGAUUGAGGAUGCCCCCGGCGAGGACUUGUGGGCUCCUGAGUUGUCCAUCGGUGUGCCACUUAUACCCAUUGUCUUGAUCUUCUUGCGCACCCGGUAUGCCGAAGGUAUCCUUCCAGCCAUCCCGGUUCUUUUCUUCGCUUCACGGAAUCUGGCACAAGAUCUCGACUUCACACUGUGGCCGCCUACGCCUGUCAUGACGUUCGUGGCUCUGCCAUACAUCAGUAGCUUCUACGGUGCGCUUUAUGAUCGGCUAUUUGGUGGCUUUGAACGCAAAUGGAUUGCCGAGGUGCAGCCACGUGCAGCAGAGGAAAUUCUAGACGAUGCACAGCAACAAGAUCAGGCGGAGGGUCUCAACGGGUUCGAUGAUGAAGACGGAAAUAUCCUCAUGGAGAUCGAUCUUCAGUUGCAAAUGGGAGUCGGCGAUGGAGACGAGCCAGAUCUGGCUCUCCCAGCCGAGCAAGGACAAGAUGUUAAUGGCGGUGGCCCUGGUGGGCAGGCGCAAAACGCCGAUCAAAACAAUCCAAUGGGAAUUGGAGCACGCCACCAAAUUAUCAACGGAACCAGUAAUCUCGCCGAUCUGGUACUGGGCGCACUUUUCUUCCCAGCAGUCUCAGCCUCCGUGGGUGGCUUGUUGACGUAUGUUCUGCCUAAGAAAUGGACCUCUCCGCCCUCGAUUAUGGAGCGUGGCCGCUUAGGACUCCUCCAGACUCGCUGGGGCCGAAGCGUUGUCGGCGGAUGCAUGUUUGUUUUAUUGAAAGAUGCACUGGUUCUUUAUUGCCGGUGGAAGCUUGCACAAACACACCGUCGCCGCAAGGUCUUGAAUUACGAUCGGUCCAAAAAGAAGCCUCUAGGUGCCAAGCGUUCCGAAUAG